ACAAACACACACACACACACCAACCGAGGAGGCUGCGGGGGAAAGCGACAGAAGAAGAGGAAAAAAAAAAAAAAAAAAAAAAAAUCACCCAAGCUGCUGCUGCUGCUCAGUGCGAAGGCGGACCGUGUUCUACAAACCCACAACAACCGACUGUCCUUCAUUAUUCAAAGUGGACUGCACGGUACCGGUUCCACUCCACGGGUCCUGUACUUGGCACUGAGGAGGAUGCGUCCUGCAGGACUGGCUUCACUGUAACAUGGUGUGAUCCGUGUUGUGGAUAAAACCCGGUUCGGUGUUGGUGACGGUUUGAGGAAAGCAUGAAGUUUGCGAUUGCGGUGUUGUUGCUCUCCCUGGUUCUCGGGAAAGCUACUAUGCAAGUUCAGGAGGACUUUGUGUCACUGGCUGAGAUGGAGGACUCCUUACUGAGGAACCUUUUCAGGGGUUACCAGAAGUGGGUGCGACCUGUCCAACACGCCAACGACACCAUCACUGUUCGCUUUGGGCUCAAGAUCUCCCAGCUGGUCGAUGUGGAUGAAAAGAACCAGCUGAUGACUACUAAUGUCUGGCUUUGGCAGGAGUGGAUUGACGUGAAGCUGAAGUGGGACCCAGAUGAGUAUGGAGGCAUUACUUCUAUCAGAGUACCAUCAGAGACUAUAUGGCUUCCUGACAUUGUCCUGUAUGAAAAUGCUGAUGGUCGUUUUGAAGGUUCCCUCAUGACUAAAGCCAUAGUACGCUGGGAUGGCACCAUCACGUGGACCCCACCUGCCAGCUACAAAUCCUCCUGCACUAUGGAUGUCACGUUCUUCCCCUUUGACCGACAGAACUGCUCCAUGAAAUUUGGCUCCUGGACUUAUGAUGGAAAUAUGGUAGACCUGGUCCUGGUGGAUCACUACGUGGACCGUAAAGACUUUUUUGAUAAUGGGGAGUGGGAGAUCCUUAAUGCCACAGGAGUAAAGGGGAGCAGGAGGGAUGGGGUGUACUGGUACCCGUUUGUCACCUAUUCCUUCAUCCUCAAGAGGCUGCCGUUGUUCUACACCCUAUUCCUCAUUAUCCCAUGCCUUGGCUUGUCUUUUCUCACUGUGCUGGUUUUCUAUCUGCCGUCAGAUGAAGGGGAGAAACUGUCACUUUCCACAUCUGUGUUAGUGUCGCUCACUGUGUUCCUGCUGGUCAUAGAAGAAAUCAUACCUUCAUCCUCAAAGGUCAUCCCACUGAUCGGAGAGUACCUGCUCUUUAUUAUGAUCUUUGUCACCUUCUCCAUAAUCGUCACUGUCUUCGUCAUCAACGUCCACCACCGGUCCUCUGCAACCUACCAUCCCAUGGCCCCCUGGGUAAAGAGCCUCUUCCUUCAGAGACUGCCCAGACUGCUGUGUAUGAGAGGACACACUGACAGGUACCACUAUCCUGAUAUCGAGCUACGCAGCCCCGAGUUAAAGCCCCGCAGAGGUGUGGGGAGGAGGGGCGUUCUUGGUCACAGCGCCGGCCAGCAGAGAGGCCCCCUCGGAGGGAAGGAGGAUGAGAACCAAGCCUGGCUGGCCAUGCUGGAGAAAGCCACAAAUUCUGUCCGCUACAUCAGCCGUCACAUCAAAAAGGAGCAUUUUAUUCGAGAGGUGGUACAAGACUGGAAGUUUGUGGCUCAGGUCUUAGACAGGAUCUUCCUUUGGGCCUUCCUUACAGUGUCAAUAUUGGGAACUGUCCUCAUCUUCACUCCUGCUCUGCAGAUGUACCUCAGCUCACCCUCAUGAACACAUACUCUCAAAUUCACCCAUAAACAGCUCAUUCUUGUUUUCCUGUUGGUCUCUGACUAUAAUUUAUUGAUAAAGCUUAAUAAAACAUUGUCAUUGUAUAUUUCUAUUAUAAAAACAAGCUCAAGCCACAAACUUUUACCUCCCUACAGUAUGGUUUACAGCCUGUAAUUACUCCUGGAAUCCACCAUGUUCAAGAUGCAACUUGUUAUUCACUGUAAGCUGCAUCCACAGGCGUACAGAAGGACUGACAGCAAUAAGCAGGUUACGGUAGCGUGUUUGAUUUGAAUAUCCAUGUUUGUAUAACUGUAACUGUAAUAUACAUACAAGAACAUGCACAGUAUCACCCAUGAAUAAUGAGUUGUUUUAUGUGUCACAUGUACCAUGUUGUCUAGACCUGACCCUAUCCUUUAUGUGCAAUAUUAUGAUAACAAAAUUAAAUCUGAUAUAGUAAAUA